AUGGCCAAGUCCUGGGAUAAGUUGGCGGCGACAGUGGCCAAGGGGAACCCAAAUCCCAUUGUCCAUGCCUAUAGGCACCUCUACCGCGAGCUCCUCCGGGCGGUCCAGUUCGCAACGCCGUAUAGGUUCAUCGUCCGCGACCAGCUCAGGGCGGCAUUCCGCGAAAAGGGCGCCGUGUGGGAUCCGGAAGUGAGCAAGAGGACGCUGUGGUUCAUUCACGCGGCGCGCAAGGAGACCGGCCUCGAGCACAAAGUCCUCAAGAACCUCAUCCGCGUGGCGCAUGAGAGGCAGAAGUUGGACCCGUGGAAAGUGAGCUUCCGCAAGGACCAGGACGCUCAGAACAAGGAAGUCAUCCAAGAGGCCAAGAACAUGAAGUCUACAGUCUUCAAUCACUAUGACAUGACGGUGACUAUGCUGAACAAGUCAAUGGGCAUUCGACUGAGAUAA